ACAGAUGACUUGUUGAAUGUGUUUUCUGCGGUCAAAAAUGAACUGAAUUUCUGGGCCCAAAAUCCGUGUUAUUCUUGUGAUAAUUGGUAUUUUUGAUAGUGCAGGUGAUCUUUAGCGAGUGGAAGAAGCAUUCCACGUGUAAAUGGUGUUUGUGUCGCUGUAAAAUUUUGUGUUAUUCAGUGUGAAAGUUGAGUGUGCCGAGUGGGAGGCUUUUGUCUUAUGGCGUCAACUGUGAGAGACAAUUCUGGCCAGGAAACUGACUCAAAGACUGCGGCGGAAGCUUCUGGAGACACCACUGCUGGUCCAGCGGAUCUAGGAGGGUGUAGAGGAGGAUGUGGAGUGUAUUUGGUGGAAGAGGCAACACUGUCUACCGUGCCGGAACAUAUGAGAAUCCUAUUUGAACGCUUCUCUGGGGAAUACCUGACACAGGAAAAUCUUCUUGUAGGACUCCUCUAUCUUCUCAUCUUAGAGUGUGGCUUCGUACAUCAGAGUGAUCUUCCUGAGGAGUCUAGAGACCCAUUUGUGGGCUUCUACAGUUGCUCAGGGGUUAGAAAGGCAGCUUCUAGUAUUCCCAUUGAGUCGCUUAGGGUCUCAAGGAGUUUCCAGGAACAUACAUUUUGCCUCCUAAGCUUCAGCAAGGACUUCACUUUGGUCACGUAUCGACUGUCAGAUUCUCUCCUUGCGACAUUUACGCCAAAAUCACUUUCAGGCUUCAGCAUUUGCUUGCCAAUCUCUCGCUACAUUCCUCUGAUCAAUCGAAAGAGUAUCCUCAGGAGCUUCCGAAAUCUUCCAGAGCUUUCUCUGCUAACAAAGAACAAACUCAUCCUUCCAGCUCGGGAUAUUUUCAUGCAGAAUAUUGCAACUCUUGCUCCAUAUCCAUCUCUUAGUGGAAUGCCGGAGAUUGUCUUGGAGCUAAUCUUCCGGCUUCUGCCCAAGAAUUCGCAGAAGAAUCUCGCAGAAGCAUGCAACAGAUUGAGACAUUUUCAGAUAUCAUGAACUCAGCAGAAAUUUAAUGAUUUUUUUUUACUUUUAAUUUAUUUAUUUAAAAAAACAAUGAAAAUUUGGACAAAUACAAUUUCCGGAUAUCUUUUCA